AGAUAUGGAAGAAGAAUGUUUUCCUGCCAUUUCCAUGAACACUGCAUCAAAUCGAGAAUCUACGUCCAGAGCUCUACCUUCGCCCAACAGGAAUAUUGAGUCGGCUAGAUUGACACUAAUCGAUGAAGAUGGCCAUUGCACUGAGAUCAAGGGAGAACCAAUUAGUGAACCUGGUAGCCCCUGUGAACCAAGUACCCUCAUCGAUGAUAAAAGCACGAUCAAAAUGGUGGCACCUCACAGGCUUCACUUCACAAGAAGUAGCAUCUCACAUACUAGCGAAAGUGAUGAUGAUGAGGACGACGAAAUUUACCAGGCAAUGGACAUGGAGGAGUUUGAAUUAACCUGUGCGGAAAGUGAAGAAACAUUUAGCGUUUCCAGGCAAACAUUACCGCCAACUCCGCCAAGCAGUGCGAGUUCCGACAGCGAAGGAACAGCUUCCGCUUCCUGUUCACCAGAGCGUCGAGAUCAUCGGAAUUCCGCUCACGUUCAGAAUCUUAGAGGACUCUUAACACCUAGGCUUUACGUUAGCAAUGGAAUUCACACGCACACCACGACAAGGCAACCGAUUCACACACCACUGAUUUCCUGUCAGCCGAAAGGUUCCACGGGAGUUUUAAUGUUGACAGAAGAAGAAAAGAGAACUUUGGUAGCAGAAGGUUAUCCUGUUCCAACUAAACUACCUUUAUCGAAACAGGAGGAAAAGUCACUCAAAAAAGUCCGUAGGAAAAUUAAAAACAAAAUAUCAGCUCAAGAAUCACGUCGAAAGAAGAAGGAAUAUAUGGACGGCCUCGAGAGGAGAGUGACCGUUCUGACUAACGAGAAUUCCUCCUACAGAGACAGACUGAACAUCCUUGAGGAUGCGAAUCGCGAAUUGCUGAAGGAAUUACACCGCCUCCAAGCUCUUCUGCAACUGUAGUUUUCCUAGUUGCCUUCAAAUGACUCGCAUCGAAGCGAUCUUAAUUACCUUAGUUUUCCAUUCCUCAGCGAUGACGGCAAAAGAUUAUUAUCGUCCUAGGCCGACAACCUACUUACAUCGCGUCACGUUGUCGGUCUUAAACCUCGACUACUUACAUUCGUAUAUUCACAGUAUCAGUAAUCGCAGUUUACAUUCGAUUAAAUUUUAAAACCUUCCAUGUGUAAGAAAUUCCAGGAAAUGGGAGAUCGUAUUGUAUAAUUCGAGAAAAAAGAAACACCGAGAAGAAUGAAUGUCCAAAGAUCUAUUGUUUUAGGAUGUUAUUGAAUUACUUUGAGAUUUUUAACUCAUUGAAAUUUAAAUCUAUUUUAUAUUAAAUGAAAGUUUGCAAUAUGCGAAGCGAAUUUAAAUUUGAAAGUAUGUUAUUCAAUUUUAAGAUUAUUCAUUGAUUUCACGUAAGGGAUUUGAAAGUCUGCCCACAGUGGUAAUUUGGAUUUCCAUCCGCAUUGACUGAUUCCAUACAGGGUUUCAUUAGGUACCGAAAAUCCGUAUGUUGUACCUUCAAGUUUUUUCUAAACACUUAUUUAAGCUGGAAAAUAAUAAGUUUAUAGUAUUCGGAUGGUUGUUGAGCGGAAAAAAGUCUUCUGAGCAUAAUGAAGAGCUAAAAUAAUGCUGUUUGGCGUCAUUUUAAGUGUGAUUUCACAAUGUUUUGAAUCCAACGAUACAAAGUAUUGAGGCUGGUGAAAAAAUUUCCUUACAAUUUUUAAGUUAUUGUUUAAUUCUUGACGAAAAACUGAUUGAUGAAUUUUUAAAAUUUAAUUUGACGAUAUUUUCUACCUUAGUAAGGGUUUUUUAGAGAUAUUAUUUUUGACUUAGGAUAUGAAAAUUACUAUUAGUUUUUUUAUGUCUCUUUGCAGAGAAAAAUAUUUUAAUCCUGAAUUUUUAUCUGUUAGAAAUUUAUUUUUUAUUUUUGUUAGGAAUGCACUUAAAUACCAAAUUGUAGAAUUUUUUCACCUAGUUAUCACAUGAAAUACAUGUACAAAGUCGCGUGAAGUAUAUUUUAAGAAACGUAUUAUAAAAUGAUGUCUUUAAUUCGUGUUUCCGACGUAGUUGGGCGAACAGUUGUUUUAAGUCUGUUAGAGUCGUCGACGAAAAAAAUCCAUUUAAAAUAUAAAAACUUAUAUUUUUCCUUUUACUUGAUGACUCUUUCAUAUUGUUUCGGCAUUUUUGUUGAGGAAAUUAUGCUUUACGAAUCUCAAGUGCCUUAUUUUUGCAGUUAUUUUGUCUUUUUUAAUUGUUUUUCAUUCGUCAUAAAAAAACCUUAUAAAUAAAACAUAUAUUUAAUAAUUUUAAAGAAUUAGUGAGCAAGUAGGGAAUGUAGUUCAAGUUACUACUCAAAUUCGAUUUGAAAAUAAUAUAUAUGCUUUAACUUAUUCCUUUCUUUAUCCUAUCGAAAAAUAAGGCCUUCUUAUUUUUUUCGCUGAAAGAAGCAAAAUGAGGGUGUUUUAAAUGGAAAAGUAAAAACGAUUUUGAUAAAAGUACACUAAUAAAGUUUUUAGGUUAUUUUGAUUUACGUUUUAAGGUUUAAGAAGUGUUGGCGAUGCAAUUCACGAUGCGGUGCUUCCAGUUCCAACUAAGUUACUGAGGAGAAAAUAUGGGCUUGCAUUUGUAAAUUCGGAUUCCAUUAGAGAAGAAAGAGUGAUUCGUUUGUUACUUUAUAUUGUGUUUAAGUUUUACACUGAGUCAUGUUUAUGCUGUAUAUUUUAUUUAAUUUUUAAGAGUCAGCGGGUGUGUUCUCGACUACAAAGUUUAGUGAACAUACUACAAAGCGUUAGGCAAGUAUUUUAUACAUUUUCUAGACCGUUUAUAGUAAAGUUAACGAGCUUCGCAGCUGAUAAGCGUAAGAAUACAUAUGAAAAAUAUCGUCAAAUCUGUAGUUAACAUUUUUUGAGAAUUAAAAAUAAGAAAUAAACUGAAGAAGAAUUAACAUUAAUCAGAUUUCAUAGAUUAAACCUAUAAUUAUAUGUAAAAAAAAUAUCGAAACAUAAUUUAUGAAGUAGAAAUUUAAAAAAUGUACAAUUCCCGAAAAAAAUGAAACUAUCAAAAAUAUUCAUGAACGAAAUAGAAAUAUUCUGAAAGUGCAAGUUAAUAAAACUAAAAAAUUCCUGUAAUUUUAAACUAGCAAAAAAAAAUUAAUUAAAUUUUGGUAAAUUUGAAUUAAAUGCUUAUUUUUAAUGAUUAAAAAGCUUAUUCGAGACUCAUUCAAUAACUUUUACUCAAUAAAAUAAUAUAUGAAGGUUUUAGAUUAGAAGAAAUCAACUUACUGUUUCUCCGACAAUUGGUUCCCCGCGGUAGUUGGUGCUUUUAUCCUGUGUAUAUAAAAUAGAAUAUGAUUUUAGCAGAUAAAAAUACUGAAUAGUAAUUUUUUUAUCCGUGAAGUAAUUUGAAAUGGCGUGAUUGAAAAUUUCGGGAAUUGCUGUAUUUCGAAAAUUCGAAAUAUCAGGAAUGUUGUCGUUUGAUUAAUUUCCACUUUAAGAAGAUUUUAAUUUAAUUACAAUUUUUGGUACGUUUAUUUUAAUUCAAGAAUUAGAAAAUUUCGAUUCUAUGAAUUAUUUCAAUAUUUUUCAUAUUCAGUACCUCUUUUUUCAAAAAAUUUUGUUUAUCCCAUUCAAAGUAGGUUGCUUUCAAUUCAUCAAGUAUUAAAAUAAUUAAAAUGCUUCCAAGUGUGAUUUAACGUAAUGUUUACAAAAUAUUUUCAGUAAUAUGUACAUCAAAAUAAUAGCAUUAAUUUUGUUUUUAAUCGAGGAGAAUUAAAGUUAAAAUAAAUUCUUUUAAGGAAGAUUGAUUACAAAAAAUGUUGUAAAUAUUUAUGAUGUAGAACUUUAAUAAAAAAAAUAUUUGGGACCAAUUUUCAUUUUCAUCAAACUCUUCGUACCAUUUUUUUAAAGUUUAUUUCUUUUUCAUUAAUUUUGCUUACAUUUCUUCUCAAUAAUCUUGCUUAGCAUACAAAUACAGGGGCGUACGCAAGGCAGGGGUUUGCGGGUUCACCCCCCGAAUUGUGAAAACUUGUUUACUUUUAAUUUUAACAUCAUGUAAAAUUCGAACGGACCACUAUUCCCCCCCACCGAAAUUUCUUUUUGCGUACGCCCCUGUACAAAUAUAAUGAAAUACUUGUGUGAAUCCUGCAGCGGAUAUGAAGCAGAUGUGUACAUCAGUUAUAUGCUUUAAAAUUUGGAUGCAGAUUCGAAGUUUGAUUUUUUAAUUUUCUGCAGCGGUUCUGUAUAUUGACGGCCGAUUCUGAUACAUCAUAUCAUGUAUUUGACAAGUUAAUGGCCCGUAAAAUGUAGAAUUCUUGGAAUGCGAGUGACAUCGAAAUAUUGUCAAAUAUGAAGAGAAUGUGCAAAUAUUAGUAAUUUUAAAAAUUCGUAUAUUCUACUACAUGAAAUAAGAGUUUGUAUUGAGAACUUAUGCGACUGCUUCCGUAGAUCGCAUACGCGUAUAUUUUUGUGGAUUUUAAUUUGCUUUUUAAACAGAGUUAUAUAUAUUAUAUGAAGAUUCGUUAAUACUUUCUAUUUGUUUAUCUCAACGGUUCCUUGAUGUGUGACUGUUUAUCAAAAGAUGCAAAUGUAGUUUGCUUAUACUAAAUUUGAUUUCAGUUUUUAUACAAGAGUGUUAUGUAAAAUUUAUAAUAUUAUUAAUUUCAAUUCACUAAAAAUUUUACAUAAUCAUUGAUCACUUUAAAAUGAUUGCUGUGUUAAUAUUUAAUUGCUAGGAACAAUUUUCAAUUAUGCUUUCGUAAAAAAUGAUUGUUCAUUAAAAGGAGAGAUACGGAUAUUACUUCCACGUUAAAAGUAGUAGAAUGAGUGGACGUAUAAUUGAAUAUAAAACUGAAUUAUAUUUUAGAACCACUAUAGUUCAAGUAUUCUACGUUAUAGUGUAUGUACCCUAUUGUACACAGCGGAUUCGAUGAUUUUAUACGUCGUUGUAUGUCAUUAAAUGGUGAAAUAUUGCUGAAAUAUGAUCAGAACUUUAUGGGGAAUUUUACGAGCAAAUGUGGAUUUUACUUUCGCGUAUCGAUUAUUCCCCGAGUGUGGAAAGCGGAUAUUUAUGUAAGGAUAAUGCGUGCAUUUCGUGCAACUUUAUAGUUUUAACCAUAUGUAUGUGCUAUCGCCACGUAAGUGCAAACCUCAUCAUUAUGUGAUCUUUACUGAAAGGCCUAAAUGAUUUUUAAAUAAUUAUUAUGAAUAAACACGUGUGACAAGAUA